AGACGGCAGAAUGACGUCCAUCAUCAAGCUGACGGCUCUUUCCGGAGUCCAGGAGGAAUCGGCUCUGUGUUACCUGUUACAGGUGGACGAGUUCCGCUUCCUGCUGGAUUGUGGCUGGGAUGAAAGUUUCUCCAUGGACAUCAUAGAUUCCCUGAAGCGGUAUGUGCAUCAGGUGGACGCAGUGCUGCUCUCUCACCCCGAUCAUCUGCAUCUGGGCGCUUUACCGUACGCUGUGGGCAAGCUGGGGCUCAACUGCACUAUCUACGCCACCAUCCCCGUCUACAAGAUGGGCCAGAUGUUCAUGUACGAUCUCUAUCAGUCUCGACACAACACUGAAGAUUUCACUCUGUUCACACUGGAUGACGUCGAUUCAGCCUUUGACAAGAUCCAGCAGCUGAAAUACUCUCAGAUCGUCAACCUGAAAGGAAAAGGUCACGGUCUGUCCAUCACCCCACUUCCUGCGGGUCACAUGAUCGGUGGCACUAUCUGGAAAAUAGUGAAGGACGGAGAGGAAGAGAUCAUCUAUGGUGUGGAUUUCAACCACAAGAGGGAGAUAUUAAAAACCAGCACAAAAUCCCAUGAAAUAUUUAGAUUUUUUUUGUGGAAAUUUUGCACAUGUUGCGAGACGUGUCAGAAAUCAGAAAGCUCUGGUGUUUUCUCACAGGUCGAGUGGAUGAGCGAUAAACUGAUGCGAUGCUUCGAGGACAAGCGCAACAACCCUUUCCAGUUCCGCCACCUCUCGCUCUGUCACGGCCUGGCCGAUCUGGCCCGCGUGCCCAGCCCGAAGGUGGUUCUGUGCAGCCAGCCUGAUCUGGAGUCUGGCUUCUCACGGGAGCUCUUCAUACAGUGGUGUCAGGAUGCCAAGAACUCGGUCAUCCUCACCUACAGGACCACACCGGGAACGCUGGCCCGCUACCUCAUAGACACCCCGGGGGAGAAGAGGAUCGAGCUGGAGAUAAGAAAACGCUGUCGACUGGAAGGAAGAGAACUAGAGGAAUAUGUGGAGAAAGAGAAAAUGAAGAAAGAGGCUGCCAAAAAAGAGGAGCAGGCGAAAGAGUAUCAUCUAAACGGCUGCUCCCUGGAGAACAUCAGCAGACCGUCUCUCCUCAUCACAGACUCCUUCAACGCCUCGUAUGUUCAGCCUCGCAGGAAACAGCGUGAUGAGCAACUGCUCACCAAUGUCAUGGAGACCCUCCGCGGCGACGGGAACGUGCUGAUCGCGGUGGAUACCGCGGGGCGAGUGCUGGAACUGGCUCAGCUCCUGGAUCAGAUCUGGAGGACCAAAGACGCAGGACUGGGCGUUUACUCGCUCGCCCUGCUCAACAACGUCAGCUACAACGUGGUGGAGUUCUCAAAGUCCCAGGUCUCUCUGUCACAAGCUCGAGUCACAUACAUCGAUUAUGAAGGCCGUUCUGAUGGCGACUCCAUUAAGAAGAUCAUAAACCAGAUGAAACCCAGACAGCUAAUCAUCGUUCACGGGCCGCCUGAGGCCAGUCAAGACCUGGCCGAGUCCUGCAAGGCCUUCAGCGGGAAAGACAUCAAAGUUUACACGCCAAAACUGCAGGAGACGGUGGACGCCACCAGCGAGACCCACAUUUACCAGGUCAGACUGAAGGACUCGCUGGUCAGUUCGCUGCAGUUCUGUAAAGCCAAAGACACGGAGCUGGCCUGGAUCGAUGGCGUUCUGGACAUGCGGGUGGAGAAAGUGGACACGGGUGUCGUCCCAGAGAUGGGAGACGCUAAAGAGGAGACGGAGGACGGAGAGCCAGCCGUGGACGUCACGCCGGACCUGACGACUGAGCCCAGCGCCGCGGCUAACCAGCAGGCCAUGAAGACUCUGUUUGGAGAAGACGACAGGGAGAUUUCAGAGGAGAGCGACGUCAUUCCCACGCUGGAGCCGCUGCCUGCUCAUGAGGUCCCGGGUCAUCAGUCUGUGUUCAUCAACGAGCCUCGCCUGUCGGACUUUAAGCAGGUUCUGCUGCGUGAAGGGAUCCAGGCCGAGUUUGUGGGCGGAGUUCUGGUGUGUAAUAAUCUGGUGGCUGUCAGGAGGACGGAAGCGGGCCGCAUCUGUCUGGAAGGCUGCCAUUGUGAUGACUACUACAGGAUUCGUGAGCUGUUGUAUCAGCAGUACGCUGUAGUUUAACGGAUCUCAAUCAGCUCCAGCCCCUCCUUUCAUUUCCUUUCCUUUUGUAGGUUUUGAGUUGUGUAUAUUUUAUUAUUGUUUCCCCCCACGUUUACAUGGCAGACAUUCUCUCUGAAAGUGACCCAAAGUGAGAGAGCAUCUGUCUGGACUGAAGAAGAAUCGAUGCUACAGUCUUUUUGUUCUGAACUGCUGGAUGCAAAGAAAUGUUUAAGCCUUUUUUUUAAUCC